UAAAUGAUGAUGUAAAAGAAAGGUUAGACAGAAUGGAACGAAUUAUCACACAACUAGUCGAUAGAUUUAAUAAAUUAGAGAAUUUCUUACAAGACAAACUCAAUCUUAACUCUGAAACUAAUCAAUAUCAUAGUGAUUACAAUGAACCUGAGGUUGAUUUGCAAAUGGAUUUUGAUGAACUGAACACACACAAUAUAGAAGGAAGCGAAGAAGUGAAAAAUAAAAAUGAAGAUAACUUUGGAAGAUUAAUACAAAUAGUAGAACAAGUAGGCCAACGUAUGAAUACACUUGAAUCUAGUAUAGCAGAAACAAAUUGCGGUGAAAGCAAGGGGCAAUGGUAUAAAGACAAUAAGGAUAAAUUUCGUAUCCACUGUUCGGGUAACGGAAAAGGAACUGGAGUAGCCUUAAUAAUUUCAAAAACACUGAAUAAGUACGUGUGUAAAAAAAGAGAAUAUGAGGGUAGAGCAAUUUGCGUAGAUCUAGUUCUUCCAAGAAAAAUGACAAUCUGCAUAAUGCAAAUUUAUUUACCAAGUAAAAAAAGUGACAAAGUUAAUGUAAUUAACUGGAUUAAAAUUCAAUUAAAUGAAGCUCAAAAGAAAAAGAAAAAAGUUAUCGUGAUGGGGGAUUUUAAUGCAGUACCAUCACCUGCAAUAGAUCGAAAUAACAAUAGUCACUCACAAUUUCCAGAAAGUGAAAUCUUCCCGCUGCUAAGUAGUCAUGAUCUAAUUGACUGCUAUAGAAUAAUGUUUCCAGAAAACACAGGGUAUACAUGGAAAAGAGAUAAUUCAAACGAGGAAAGUAGAAUUGACGCAAUUUGGAUAUCAUACAGAUGGUGUGAUAAAAUUACGUCCUGUUUUUUAGAUGACAUCAAAUUAAUAACAAGUAGUGACCAUAAACUUUUAGGUGUGAAAAUGUUGAAAAAGUAG